CCGACGGGCCUCACCACCUCUCGCCUUCACGGUCUCCUCGCCCCUCGCCCCACCCGCAGUCCCUUCCUCCCCUCCCCCUACCCGCCAUUGCCUAGGAGGCUAGGACUGGACCCUCCGGGCGCAAACCUUAUCCAAAUCGCCGUCGCCCAUGGAGGCCGUGCGCGCGUCGGCGGCGUGGGUCGCCAGCUGCUCCUCCCAUGUCACGGUCGACCUGCAAGAAAUUGAGAAGGUGGUGGACAAAAUUCAGGGGAAUGUUCCAAAAGUUGAAUGGGAUUUCGAAGGAAUUCAUUACUUCGACAACGGGCCGCUCACAGUCCAGUACCUCUUUGUCUUGGAUGCACUUAACUUCUGCUUCUGGCCAGAUAAGGAUUUGAGCUAUGACCAUUUGGCUUCUGGACUGAAGUUAGCCUUGGAGAAAGAUAAGACUGCCCUCGAUGCAGACCGCCUAAAGAACUACAAUGGGCCCCAGCUCCGCCAACUUCUGAACUGGCCACGACCACUGCCAAUUGAGGAGGAAAGAGUACGCCUCCUCCAUGAGGUUGGACUGGAACUUGAAAGAAACUUUGGAGGUCAGGCUGCUAAUCUAGUGAAGUCUGCUGGAAACUCUGCUGCAACUCUAAUUGAACUCAUUACCCGGCAUUUUCCUGGUUUCCGGGAUCAUUCACUUUACAAGGGACACCAGGUUUUCCUGUACAAGAGAGCUCAGAUCUUUGUUGCUGAUUUGUGGGGUGCUUUCAAGGGACAAAACUACGGCGAGUUCCAUGACAUCAAUUCCAUCACCAUAUUUGCUGACUACAUUGUCCCCGCUGUCCUGAGGGAGCUUGGCAUACUGAAAUAUGGCUCGAACUUAUCUUGCUCGAUUGAUUCAAACCACGAGAUCGUGCCUGGAAGCGAGGAGGAAGUGGAGAUCCGUGCUUGCUCCAUCUAUGCAGUGGAAAAGAUGAGGGACCUGAUCGGCAAAAAGUUUGGAAAGCAGCUUCUGAGCAUUGACAUUGAUCUCUGGCUCUGGUCGUGCGGCGUGCAGAACAUGGCGCUGUCACAUCACCGCACCCUGUCGAUUUACUACUGAGGCAAGCAGGCACCAGGCAGGUAUUCAGCUGCAGGGCUGCUGGUGCUGGUGCCGUGGGGAGCGCGUAUUCAGUCAUUCAGCUGCCCGAGCGUUGUCGUGGAACUGUAACAGCUAUAGUUGUCGAAAAUUUUGUCCCCUUGAGAAUGCACAAAAAGGUGCAAGGUAUUGUAGGGUCGUCGCAUUAGGAUGGACGGUGCUAGUAAUAUAACAUUUUGAGACUAGAACAGCUGUUGUUUUCAGAUGAAUUGUACUCGUAUGGAGUGGAUGCUGCUGCUCUCCAGAUUGAUCUCGAUGGAUGCGUAAGAACACAAGUAACCAGC